CAGUGCAUUACGUAUAUAGAAGCAUGAAUUGCCAGUAAGAAUUAAAAAUUCACAAUCCUAAAGAUUAGUACCUAGUUGAUUGCGAGCAUGGUGAUAGCGCGCAAGAGAUCCCUUCAACAUGUUUAUGUGCUUGCUACAGUGCUCCUGUUUUUAGUGCACAUCAAACCGUCCCUUCACUUCAACCAUGGAUGCAUUGAAAGGGAGAAACAGGCACUCCUUAGAAUGAAGGAUGACCUGAUUGAUGACUAUGAUGUUCUUUCUUCUUGGGGGAGAGAAGAAGACAAAAGAGAUUGCUGCAAAUGGAGAGGCAUCGCUUGCAGCAACAUAACGGGUCACGUUAUAGAGAUUGAUCUUACUUAUGAGAAGCCCCUGAGAGGUAAGAUAAGCCAUUCCUUGCUUGAACUGAGACAUCUUACUUACUUAAAUUUAAGUGGGAAUGAUUAUGGUGGAACUCAGUUCCCAGCUGAUAAUAAUGGUUCCUUCUCCAAGUUGCGAUACUUGUAUCUCAAUUCUGCUAAUUUUUCUGGAACCAUCUCAUCUCUGCUUGCCAACCUCUCCAGCUUGCAGUCUCUUGAUCUGAGUCAUAAUAAUUUUCAUGAUUUAGCCAACACUGACUGGCUUUUUGGUCUUUCUUCUUUAAGUCACCUUCGUCUGGAUGGCAAUCACCUUGUUAGGCCCAGUGAUUGGUUAUCAAUAGUUAACAAGCUCCCUCAUCUUGAAACCUUGAGCCUGUUCUCGUGCUUUUCUGGGGAUGUGAUUCCUCUGACAAUUUCCCCAAUCAAUUCUUCUUCAUCUCUUACUGCACUCGAUCUCUCUGAUAACAACCUUGUGAUUCCUUCGGUAUACCCAUGGUUGUCUAACAUCAGUCGAUAUAUUGAAGAAUUGGCCCUCUCUUCCAACCUCUUACAAAGUUCAACUCUAGCUGAAAUUGGGAACAUGAUUUCUCUUCAAUGGCUUGAUCUUUCUAAUACUAGAAUUGCGGGCCCUAUUCCAAAAUCCUUCGGAAACAUGUCUGAUUUGCAUCUUUUAGACUUAUCGGACAACCAUCUCAGCGUACCAUUUCCUGAUUUGAUUCAAAAUCUAUCUGGUUGCACGGAAAAAUCACUGGAGGUUUUCAUAUUGAUUGGAAAUCAAUUAACAGGUUCAUUGCCCGAUCUUACAAGAUUUUCAUCUUUAAAGGCACUAUAUCUCACAAACAAUCGCUUGAAUGGGACCAUAGAGAAAAGCAUCGGAUGUCUAUCCAAGCUUGAAAAUUUGGGACUCGGCUGGAAUUCAUUGAAAGGAGUCGUAUCUGAAGACCAUUUCUCAAAUCUGUCCAACUUGAAAGAGUUGGUUUUAUCUGGUAACUCCCUCAUUUGGAAUGUGAGUCUCGACUGGGUACCUCCAUUUCGUCUAGAAACAAUAGGUCUUCAGUCCUGCAAUUUGGGACCUCAUUUCCCUAAAUGGCUCAGGAGUCAGAAGAAUAAUUGGCUGGAUAUCUCUGACUCUGGAAUUUCUGAUUCCAUUCCCAGUUGGUUCUGGGACUUGUCCAUUGCUCGCCAUUUAAAUAUUUCCUAUAACAAUUUGAGUGGGACGGUGCCUUAUAUUUCAUUCAACCUUCAUUCUUCUUAUUAUCUUUGUGUUGAUAUAAGUUCUAAUCGUUUCCACGGUCCGUUGCCUUUGUCUUCUAAAACUGAAACAAUAGAUUCGCGGUUCAUCUACCUUGACCUCUCAAAAAACCUAUUUUCUGGAGUAAUUCCUGAUCCUCUGAUUCCCAUGAAAAAUCUGGUGUUUUUUAGUUUGGCUGGUAACAAUUUGAUUGGGAAAAUUCCACCCUCCAUAGGAUCAUUUCCAAAACUUGAAACACUGAAUUUGGGAAACAAUGUGUUAUCGGGACCAUUACCUUUGUCUUUAAGGAAUUGCACCAGAUUGAGAUUCAUUGACCUAAGUGGUAACAUAUUGUCCGGAAAUGUACCCACUUGGAUAGGAGAAAGCCUAAACUCUUUGCAAUAUUUGAGCCUACAAUCCAAUCAAUUCUAUGGAAGCAUCCCCUCUCAGCUGUGUCAAUUAAAACAUGUUCAAAUCUUGGAUCUCUCUGUAAAUAAUAUCAAUGGAAUCAUACCAUACUGCCUCAAUAAUUUAAGUGCCAUGGCUGAUGGGAAUUCAACUACAACAAUCGAUCAUGAAUAUGUUAUAUUAAAAAACAGUUCGAUGUUGGAUCAUUAUAUUGAUGCAGCAUUGGUCCUUUGGAAGGGCCAGAAUCACGUGUUGGACAAAAAUCUUGGACGAUUUAGGAUAAUUGACCUUUCAAGCAAUAAAAUAGGAGGAGAAAUUCCAAGGGAAAUAUCAAGCCUCUCCCAGAUUAAUCAAUUGAACUUGUCGAACAACAAGUUGAUUGGUGCAAUCCCUGAAGAGAUUGGUUAUUUGAAGACAAUGGAAUCACUCGAUCUGUCUCAUAAUCAACUAUCAGGCACAAUUCCUGCUAGCAUGGCUGAUUUAAAUUUUCUUAGCACCUUGAACUUGUCAUAUAAUAAUUUGUCCGGGAGAAUUCCAUCAAGUACUCAGCUUCUAGGAUUCAGUGCUUCUUCAUUUUCUAACAAUCUUGCACUUUGUGGGUUGCCUCUUCAACAAAAGUGCCCGGGAGAUGAUAGUCAAGUUUCACAACCCAAACUUGAUGGCCGAUACAAUCAUGAAGAUAAACAUGAAUUCUGGAAAUGGUUUUAUGUUGGCACGGGUCUCGGAUUCAUUGUAGGCUUCUGGGGAGUAUCGAGCACUUUGCUGUUAAAGCGUCCUUGUAGACAUGCCUUUUUCCAACUCUUGGACAAAUUGGGAGACUGUGUUUACGUGAGAACAGCAGUGUACAAGAGAAGAUUGCAACAGAAAUUUCGUAGCUAGGAUUCUUCGCUUCUUUUGAAAUGGUUGCCAAGGUUAAAAGUUACAGCUGCUGCUGCUGUUGUUUCUGAAAAAAGUUAGUUUGUUUGUCCGAUGGUGAAAUUUCGUAUAAACAGUGUGCUGUUAGCCGGUUGCUUCAGUACGUUAACUUGUUGGUCAUCAUUUUGUUUGUAUUUUGCUUAUGCAAGAAUGAAAAUUCAGAAUGUUAUAAUGUAAUAAUUUAAUAAAUCUCAAAAUCUUCUUCAA